UAUGUGAUAAAAUACAAGAAAAAUCCAAGUUUAUGGACAUAAAAUAAAUCAGUGAGACUUAAGUGUUCUAAUAAUGACGCAAAGGUGAUCAGUGCAAAGUGACCGCAAGAUGGCGAUGGUGAUAUCACAAACGACUAAAGCAGCGAUUGGAGGGUUCUUGGCGCUUAUGAUUCUUGGUGCUGUUUUGGUAGUGGGCGCAGCCUUCGGGUGGUUCGACCCGAGAAGAGAAGAUGAGGAUACACCAGCCAAAAUCAGUGCCAGGCUGCAGGGAAGGACCUCUUUUGUCACACACCGAGCUGUAAAUCCCGACGAAAAUCGACUGCCUCUCGUGUCGCACUCGUCCCCGUUCUUCAACGGUGACAAGGGGGAGAACGGGGACGCUAUACCAACCGGCCAGUGCAAAUGCAGUAUGAGUGAUAUCUCACAGAUCAUAGAAACGUUGCCAGAUCUCAGAGGUCCACCCGGACCUCAAGGACCAACAGGUGCUGAUGGAACAACUGGCGCUCCAGGAAAGACGGGGCAAAUUGGAGACCCAGGCCCACCAGGUCCAAUUGGACCAAAAGGCGACAGGGGUGAAAGAGGCGAAACUGGUGCAUCAGGACCAGAAGGCCAGCCUGGCCCUAAAGGAGAACCGGGACUAGAUGGCAUCCAGGGGCUGCAAGGUCCACCUGGUCCACCCGGCCCACCAGGACCAAUGUCUUCUGCUCUUAUGGAAUCAACAGGAUUAUACGGGUCCAGUAAUCCUGGAAUUGCCGGUCCUCAAGGCGAAAGGGGUCCAAUGGGGUUACCCGGUCCUCAAGGAGAGAGGGGAUACCCUGGAAAUAAGGGGGAAAGGGGAUUACAUGGGCCAAAAGGAGACAAAGGCGAACGGGGUUACGUGGGUCCAAGAGGGCCACAUGGCGCCAAAGGGGAGAGAGGGCAACCGGGCCGCGACGGCACACCCGGUUUGCCCGGCUCUCACGGACGUCCAGCGGAAAAGGGCGAAAAAGGUUCUCGAGGACUUCCUGGACCACCAGGUCCUGCUAUACCAGUCAUGUCUGAUAAUUCGAUAUUAAGUGAUUUAUCACGUGCAGGCCCUCGAGACAUAUCGCCCACCACAAGGGGAGUGAAGGGAGAGCGGGGCGAAAGAGGUGAAAAGGGUGAAAAAGGUUCAAGGGGAAUGGAAGGUCCACAAGGAUUUCCAGGGAAUGAUGGAAAGAUGGGUGAACGUGGCGACAUUGGGCCAUCAGGUCUACCUGGAACUCAAGGCCCACCCGGGAGUAAUGGCCCGAAAGGGGACAAGGGCGAUCCCGGACCCCCGGGACCUGUUGCAAUAUCUCGAGACGAAGCUUUGGUAAUGACGAAGGGUGAAAAAGGCGAAUCUGGUCCCCGAGGGAAGAGAGGUCACCCUGGACCACCUGGACCAAGAGGUCCUCCAGGACUACCAGGGCCCCCAGGAACACCUGGCACCAAUGGUCCUUCGGGUGAUAUUGGAUUACCGGGAUGGACGGGACCGCCCGGAGUCGCGGGACAACCUGGCCCUCCGGGUCAAAAAGGUGAAAAAGGCGAUCCUGGCUUAAGUCAAAACGACUUAGACAAGAUAAAAGGUGAAAAAGGUGAUCGAGGAUUUAUCAUUAAACACGGACCGCCAGGACCACCGGGUCCCCCGGGGCCACCUGGCCCUUAUGCAAACGACGUUCCGCCCGAUACAUUGACCGAUAGCCCGGGGAUUAAUCGUCGAGAGCCCGGUACUGGUAAACAACGAGAUGCUUUACACAUCUUGAGAAGUUUGAACCAUUUGGUACAAUAUCGUCAAGAGCCUUACGAUUUCCGAGACCCGCUGGAUCCGGUAGGUGAAAAUUCAGAUUUUGACGAGGAUGAUGAUGGAAGAACUAUAGUUGGAACUAUAAUUUUCAAGACUACGGACUCAUUAAUUCGUUUGGGGACAACGAGCCCACUCGGCACAUUGGCAUAUGUAAUACAGGAACAAGCACUACUCGUUCGUGUCAACAACGGCUGGCAGUAUGUUGCGAUGGGUUCGUUAUUAGCUAUACACACUCCACCGUCCAAUACUCCGACACGGACACCUUUACAGAAUAUUCUGGAAACCUCCAGUUUGGUCCAUCAUAAAAAUCCAGCUGUGGAGGGGCCAGUGCUUCGACUGGCAGCUCUCAAUGAACCUCAUACGGGAGAUAUGCAUGGAGUAAGUAGCACAAACUACGAAUGCCGGAGACAGGCUCAAAGAGCCAAUCUAGACGGCACUUUUCGAGCUUUUAUAUCAUCCAGAGUCCAAACAAUAGAUUCCAUCGUCAGUUGGGUGGACAGAGAGAUACCAGUAGUGAACACACGAGGUGACGUCCUUUUCAACUCCUGGGGGGAGAUGUUCGAUGGAUCGGGGGCAUUAUUCGCUCAUGCCCCGAGAAUUUAUAGUUUCAGUGGACAAAACGUGCUAAUGGAUCCUGGAUGGCCUACAAAAGCUGUCUGGCAUGGAACUAGUCCAAACGGUGAGCCAGCAAUGGACGCAUAUUGUGACGCGUGGCACAGUAGUGCUCCAGACAAGUUUGGAUUGGCAUCAUCACUACGUUCCAACAAACUAUUAGAUCAAGAAACAUAUUCCUGCAGCAGUAGACUGAUAGUACUAUGCAUCGAAGCUACACCAGUGGAUACAGUUAGAAGAAAAAAACGAUCAAAAUUUCGACAAGAGAGGCUACAUUUCCUAAAAGAUAUGGAGGACCGACAAAACGACACGAGACUAAAGUUAUAGACAUUGAAUGCCUAGUAUUUUUUAGAAUAAGGAAAAAAAAUGUGAAGACUGUAAAUAGUAUAGAUUGUACCGAUGUUUCUUGAAGCAAUGAUUCCGGUGGAACAUAUUGACAAUAUAUUUCUUACCAAUUAAUAGAGCCACUAAGUUUUCAGAGCUUUUUCCUACUACAUAAUGGUAAUGUUCGUUGACGACGACUCUAUUUAGUUAGUGUAUCAAGCUAUAAUUAUUGCCACAAAAACAUGUUUGUACAUAGAUAUGGUAAGGAAAUGUUUACAAUACUUAUACAUUUACAAGCCCAGUGCUAUGUAAACUAUAUAUUAAUUUUGUCAAUACAUUUUUUGAGGUUGUAUGUAAAUAUUAGAUAAAUUGUUUGCAAUGAAAGUUUAAGGACGAUUCCUGUAAGAAUAGGAAUAUCGGCUUUACUAGAUAACAUUUUAAUUAAUUUAUUUAUAAUGUUUAAAACAAUUUAAUACGUUUUCCAAAUAAGUGAUACAAUCUUUGCUGCCUCUUAUAUAUUAGUUUUAAAAUAUAAUUUUAAAAAAUUCUGUAAUAACAUGGUGAUAACAGUUUUUCAAAUUUUGUGAUUCUUUGAAAAUUACAAUUUUAAUUGUUUAAAUCAGUUUUAAAACUUGUUGAAAAACUGUGUUUCACUAUAUAUUAAAACCAGAAAUACUUAAAAAUUGUUAUAGUACAUGAUUUAAGAAAUCAAAUAUAAUUCGAAAUGAAAGUAGCUGAACACAUUUUACUAAUUACGGCUUUUAUUCUAACGAGUGCGUGAGUAUUCGUUAACUUUUAUUGCUGACCGUACUCCGUUUUGGAUUAAUGAAAUUGAAUGUAAGUCUGCGAAAAUAUUACAGAAAAAGAAAACAAGAAAAUUCUCAAUGUUAAUGGUUACUGAUUUUAAUUAUUAAAAAAAAUAUAUAUAAAAAAGUUAGUUACAAGAAGUAUUCAUAUCGCUUUAGUUUUGUUAAGUACCUAUAUGCAUAGUUAAACCUGAUAAGGAGGAUGAAGCAAGUCAGUUAGCCCAUCGUGACGUAUUCAACUAAAAAUCAAUUACAAUAGUUUUCAGGGGAGGUGGACCUGAUAGGGUAUAUUAUUAACAAUGGGGUUGCUAAUCCCCAUUACUAACAAUCUCUUCUCCCCCCAAUUGCCUCGGGUUGGGUGUUCUGAAUUGUGCCUCUAGAUAUUUAUAUUUGUCGCAUGAUCUAAACAUUAGAGUGUCUUAGCUAAAAGUUCAGAGAAGUUAGUGUUAUUGUGUUACUUCACACUUAUUAUUUAUUAUUAUCGUGUAAUAAACACACAAAAAUACAAAGGAUUUGACUCUUUUUUUUUCUGAAAUCUCUCAAAAAACCGGUAUAAAGAAUACCAUGGUGAUUGACAAUGAAUACUAUGCAAACGUUCUAAGAGAGGACGUGUUAUUUCGUUUUAUGUACAAUUCUAUUCAGCUGGAGUUCCACAAAAUGUCCUCAGACGAUCUUUUUUAUGGCUCGAACAUUUUAACAUCGUAUAUCUAAGGAAAAGUAGCUAUAACACUUUAUAUAUUGGCCUUUGUUCUCGAAAAAGAAAUAAAAAAAUAAAAUAUAUUUACAACAGUAAUCCUUCCCGAAUUAGGUAGUUCGGAGCAUUUUAAUAUAAUAAAAAUGAAAUAGUGAUCUCGCCUGCUCUAUUGGUAUAUACUGACGGGGUGCAUGUAAUAGGUGAGGAUAAAGUCAGGUCAGAUGGUCUAUCAGGACUGGUUUAUCAGAAAUAAACCACGAUAGUUUCCAAUUUACUCCAGUCGAAUCCAAGUUUUUAAUGGUGGCUGGAUUAGAACAUAGGACCUUGAGGUAAGUUCGGAUAAUAUUUCUAAGCAACGAUGAUCUCAAAUCUUAAAUUAAAGAACUGAAUAAUUUACUUUUAAUAAACUCAUUAAUUAACAAAAUUUGUGCUUCGUCUGCAAUGCAGUAUUAAAUAGCUUAAAUAAGUUCGACCUCUGCUUAAUCUAUUUUAAAUGAGGCAUUGAAUUCGACACGUAGAUAGAAGAGUGUGUCAUUAGUAUUGACAUUAUUUGAAGGUCAAGUUGAAUAUUAUAUGAUAUAACGGAUUUUUUAUUAUAGAAAAAUGGUGCCAAUCAAGCAUACGGUUAACCUGAUUCGAACGUCGCCAUAGUCAAAUAUCGCAGACAAUAUUAAGUUAUUAAGAGGAGAAGGGAAGGGAGGUUAUUAAUGAUGAGGGUCUAAUGACGUCUAUCUAGUAACCUUCACAUGUUCAUUCCUGGUUCAACAUGAUUAUUUUCUUGUGAAUUUGCCACAGUAAGCCAACCUCACUUAUUAUCUCAGACUAAUAUCUCCCUAGAGUAAACUUGUGUAAACUUAUUACACACAGAGACGGGAUUGCUAUUCCCCUUUCAUUAAUUAAAGAAAAAUAACAGCGCAUAAUAAAAAAAACCUUAAGUUAUGCACCUCCGAAUGAAAUAUAAAAAAUUAAACUCGCUAAAUUUUACUUACUUUCCUUCUUUUAUCUUUCAACUUUUUUCAUUUUUAAAACAUUUUCAACGUAAAUUUUAUUUAAUUAUAGUAACUUGACACUGAUUUAGUGUUGAUGAUUUAAUGCUAUAUAAUUAUAUAGUUUUAUAGAACAUGUAGUUCAUAAAUAAUUACCUAUCUCACGCUAAGUCCCUGACCGGUUAGAACAGAAGGAAGGUUUUUAUCUUGUAUAAGUAUUAAUAUCUACUACACUUCUUGUGAGUAGGUACUAUGGACGUUUUUUAUCCCUCUUUGAGCUGAUAGUAUUCUUUUCUAUCACAGAUAUGACUCAAAUAAGACUGUUCAUAAAUUAAAGAUUGUAUCCUACAAAAAAUCGACUUUAAUUGUGACAAAACAAGUUAUUUUGUUCUAAAAAUUAAACUACCAAAUCGAUUUUGGGAAAAUUUCUAUGAAACCAAUCUAUAAGUCUAUCCUUUCAGAUAAAUAAUUCUCCAAAAGAAUCGUCCAAAUUGAUUUUGAACUGACGGAGUUAAAAGGUAACAAACAUAAAAAAAAAAUACAACCGAAUUGAGAACCUCAUUCUUUUUGAUGUUUUUGAAAAAGGAAUGUACAAUCUUAAGUAAAUGAAUUUUUAGUUAUUAUUAAAAGUUUACAAUUUUAUCUACUCGCUUACAAUCAAAUAAAAUACGUUCAAUUGUCAAAACUGGUUAGAAUACGAAUAUUAAAAGGUACUAAUUUGUGGAAAAAACAUAGUAUAUUUAUACAUAUAAUGCAAAUGUAUUCGUUUUAUAAAUUUAAUGCUUUUGUAGUCGGGAACAGCUCUAUUAUUACUUUUGUUGUUUUGUAAAUACAGGCUUUUAAUUAAUAUGUCUAUUUAAGGUAACAUUUACCUUUAUAAUGAUAAAAGGAUUAACGAAAAAACUCAAUUGAUAUAAAGUGUUAUUAAUGUAAAUAUUACUGUAUUUUCCUGUAGUAUAUUGCAAGCACGUACAAAAACUAUGAGAUUUAUUCGAAUAUUUAAAAUAAUAUAGUGAUAAUAAUAUUGCUCAUUUUAAUAAAUAUUACAUUACUAUUAAAAACAAGAACAUAUGUUUUAACAUCAUUUCAAUUAAAUAUAUGUGUGGCAAAAACAUAUUUUAGUUUUGCAAAAAAUUAUAAACGUCAUAAUGUAGUAUUAUAAUAUAUAACUUAAAAAUAAUAUAAAUUUUUCCAAGAAAUCUAAUAGUUUAUGUAUGUGCUCUAGUGCUACUGCCAUUUUCGGUAGCUAAUUUAUUAAUAUAUGUAAAAAUUGUAAGUUAAUUCUGUUAUUAUAUUUCUGUAAUAUAUUAAAAAUAACGCAUCAUGUAGAUAUCAAACUAUUUUGUGUUCUAUAUAAUUGAAACAAAGAUGAAAGUUGUAAUUACAUCGUAAGUAUUAUGAUAAAAUUUUUAAAUGCCUAAUUUUUGAUACUGUUUUUAAUUGCUGUAUGCUUGAUGAUUUUAAAGAAAAGGCCACUGUCACCCCACAACUUAAAUAUGUUAUAUAUACCCAGUAAUAUAUAUUUAGUUAUGAUAAAUAACAGAAUGACGGCUCAGUUAUAUGUUUUUCUGCAACAUAUCAAUAAAAAAUAUCAUUGUGUAGAAAAUUAUUUUAUAUAUGUUACAAAAACUACUUUUUAAAUUAAGAUCUUAAGAUUUCAUCUUAGAGCAUAUCAAAUAAGGGGUAUAUACUUAUGUUAGAAAAUUAAUUAUAUAUUUAAAUUAUAAAAAAAAAAGAAAAAUAAUCGCAGUCAGUUUCGAAAUUAUACGGAACAGCCUUUUACUCGCAACGUCAUCCAUGUGAUUGGAGUAUGUACAAUAACAGGAUAAAAAGUAGCCUAUUUCUUUCUCUUUUCUUAUAGUAUAUGCAUACUAAAUUUUAUAGUGAUAUAUAUUAGUUCGUCUGCUACGUCGCUAAGAGGUAACUUCAAAAAGUUAGGAGUGCUCAAUAGGGUGAGACGGUAUUUCAUGCCGGAACACCGCCUGAAAUUAUAUAAAGCUCAGGCCGCAUAUGGAAUUCCGUCCUCAUCUGUAGGCAGGAGCGCCACAGUACCAACUCCUUCCGUUAGACCGCAUUCAAAGUCGGGCAGCUCGAAUUAUUGAUAGUCAACGCCUUACUGUCCGACUUGACCCAUUGAAGCUGCGCAGAGAUGUUGCAUCUCUGUGCAUCUUCUACCGAAUUUAUCAUGGGGAGUGUCCUGAGGAAUUGUUCGGAUUGAUACCUGCUGCUGAUUUUGACUACCGUACAACCCGCCACAAACUAAAGUUUCAUCCCAAUCAUCUGGACGAGUGGUGGUCUUCCACCGUGCGUUUUUAAGGCACUUUCUUCCACGCACAACCAUUCUUUGGAAUCAACUUCCAGCAGCAGUAUUUCCGAACGGAUACGACAACAUAACCUUCAAGAAAAGAGUGUAUUCCUUUUUAAAAGGCCGGCAGCACACCUGCAAUGCCGUUGGUGUUGUGGGUGAUCAUGGGCGGCGGUAGUUACUUACCAUCAGGUGAGCCGCAUGCUCGUUUGCCCCCUGUGUUGUAAAAAAAAAACUUAAUUUCACAAAGAUAUGCAGCGACACAUAUUAAAAGAACACUAGCAUAAUAAAUAGACAGAUUUAUGUAUAAAUGAUUCUAUUAUCCUCUUAUAAAAUCUCGAUUAUUUUUUUAGACAUACCAUACAUUUAAGCCAAUAUAUUUAAUAUAUACUUCCUUACCUUAUACAUAUAACCAACGAACUAAAACCAAAGAUUUGAAAUUGAUUUUAGUAUUUUUUUUUUUAUUAUAGAUAAUUUUCAAUCUUAAAUUGAGCAAAAUUUUCCGCUAUUCGAUUUUCAAAAGUUACAUCUUCCCAUAGUAAAACAUGUAAUUAACUUUUUUUUUAUGAAUAAGGAAUUAAUUAAGGUAUUUAGGUAAAGAGAUUAAUUAAUUAUACCGUAUUAUUCUUGGAAAAAUUGUAACUAUUUUAUGUAAUUCAAAGUAUUUCACCUUGAGUAGGAUCCAGUUACCUAUUAUGUAUUCGGUAAAGGAGAACUUCUAUUAAUAACAGCCCUUAUUAUAUGCUCUAAGGCUUUCAUUAAUUAAUGACGUGAUGAAAGUAAAAUAUUCAAAUGGUUAUUACUCGCAUAAAAGUAAUUAAGUUUUAUAUAAUUAUUACACGGUUGCCUCAUAAAUACGAAGAUUAUCCUAACUUACUAUGAUAAUGUGUCAUUAUUUAAAAAAAAAAUCAAUACUUUUUUUAUUUUCUUAUACAUAUUAGCCGUAAACUGUCCACUGCUGGACAUAUGCCUCCUCCAUAAGGGGGGGUUUUGCCAGUAGUCGUCACACUUAGCAGGCAGAUUGGCAACCGUACUUAGGCUUUGGCGAUGUUUUAAUAGUCGCACUGCUGCCCAUCCAUUAAAUUCUCUUAGCCGCCUCUUAAGACACCCACGCGACAGGAAGGAGUGGACUUUUCUAUGCCGGGACCGCACGGCAAAAAUAUUUUAUACAGCUCGUUAAAAUCAUUCAUAGUCUUGUGUAUAAGAAUGAAACCUUUGUUAUACAAACAUUAUACUCUGUUAGAAUAUUUGUUUUAAUCGAAAAUAGGUUGCGACUUUUAUAUUUAAUUAGUUUGGCUUUAGAGUUUAAUUUUCCAUAACCACCACAUUAUAUAUUAAAAUUAUAAUGAGAGACCAAACAUCUAAAGUGAAAGUAAUAAAUCCUAUACUGUCCGUAAUAAACUCUUUUAAAACUAUAAUCAUUAUGUAUUAUAUAUAUUAUAUAUGUGUAAAAAAAUGUUUAUAAUUUUAUUUAUUAAAAAUAUCAAACAGAUGUCACAAUAAAUCUUAUAUAUCAAAUAUAUAUCAGAUGCAGUAUUAAGAAUUAUUAUUGUGCUUCUUGAUUGUUCUUCAUCCACAGAUAAUUUACAGCUUAUUACAGCAUUAGUAAUGUACCAUCUAAUGUUUUCAGUGGACUUUUUAAGUAGAUAAUAGAUAACUAAUUACAUUCAAUCAUCUGUGUCAAGUUUUACAUAAUAUAAAAGAGCAUUGUAAUUUUUCAUUGUUGAAGAAAACGACGCUAGGUAAAUUUUAUUG